AUGGAUGAUUGGAACCGCCCUUCUGUCAAGUUCCGCUGCAACUACCUCGAUUCCGGAACCACCUGGGGCUACCUAGUCAUUCGCACCAGCUACGACCCCGCCCUUGAACUGGCAUGGCAGCGCACGUUGCAAAAGAUUAAAGACACCGUCUACUCCGCCACCGAGUAUGAACUCCGAUAUCCCCAAUCAUGGAUGAAGCUCUCCCGUCAAGACCGCAUCCGCAUCCAAAACGAGGGGUUCUCCUCUUUGGGACUCCCCCCGCCAGAUCCUGCCCCGGUGGAUGACCUUAAGAAUAGGCUCAGACUCAGCCUACUAGAGGAUCCAGCUCAGUACCGCGAUCUCUCCGCCCCUCAGGUUCGAGAUAAAUUCAAUGAGUGGUGCAUGCAGCACACGCAGCAGCUCGCCAGAGAACGGGGAGUGAUAUUGGACGACCCCUUGACUGAGCUAGGACCGGCCCCUGUUUCAACUGAUGUCUGUCUCUGGAUUGACGAGGAGGUUCUCAAAGUUGUGGAUGGCGACAUCAAGAAUGAGUUUGGUGAGGGCCCGUAUGUCAAGGCUGUUGAGCGGCAACCUGCGCUGAGUCCUGACUACGAUGGCUGGUUCAAGGUGGAAGUGGGUUAUCUUUGGAUGAUGUAUGGACGCGCCGUCAACAGUGGCGGAUUGGAUCAGUUCUUGCCACCGAAAAGGCAGAAAACAGGGGAGAGACCCAUCUGGAAUGGAUCUUGGCCAUUUGAUGUUGAGAUGGAGUCAUUGGGGAUGGAUGAAAGGGAGAUGGAGGAGUAUUAUAUGGGGGGGAUUGAAGAUUGA